AUGUAUACUGAUAAACUUCUCAAUAAAAUUGAUAGCAAAAUUAGCAAAAAGUUGACUUCUGAAGAAAAAGAUAGUAAAUUCAUCAGAGAAGAAACCACAGCUCCACUUGGAUUAGCCAUAAUUCCAAUUAUCUUUACUUCUAAUGACCUCAGUUGGAAAGUUGAUACAACCAAAGCUAAAAAGAAGCCAAGGGUUAAUAUAUCUGUUAAUAAAAGAGAUAUUCAUGAUUUUUACAAAAUACUUUCUGGGAGAUCAAAAGAUUCACUGUCCUACAGAUUAAAUAUAUCUAUAUCUUCUGAUUCAGAUACUUCUGAUUCAAUUACUUCAGACAGCAAUUCAGAUAGUUCUUCCACAUCUAGUUCGGAAAUAGAAGCUAUACAUAAAACUAAAGAUGCAUGA